AUGGCUACACCUACUCCCAAAUCUAUCCUGAUCCUGGGCCACGGGGUAUUUGGACUUUCCACAGCACAUGCCCUCUCCUUGCGUCCGUCUUUCGCCAAUACAACGAUCACUCUCAUUGAUCGUUCACCAUUUCCUUCCCCAGAUGGCUCCUCGAUCGAUUCCUCACGCAUAAUUCGCGCCGACUACCACGAUGCAGCAUAUGCUAAGUUAGCUGCUGUCGCGCAAGAUAUAUGGCGUCAGCAAGGCCCAGACGACCUGGGCGGUCAAGGAAGAUAUACUGAAAAUGGUCUGGUGCUGGUGGCUAACAAGGGCCAACAAGGAGAGGAGUAUGUGCGACACAGUUUGGAAAAUGUGGCCGAUAUGGCCAAGAAAUCUGGGGAUGAGAAAUCAGUGCGGGAGCUGAAGUCAAGCACUGAAAUCGAAGAGGCGCAUGGAAGCGGCGGUGGAAGUGGUGACUGGGGGUAUAUAAAUACCAGAAGUGGAUGGGCAGAUGCCGAGGCCGGCAUGCUGUGGUUAAGGAAGAAGGUUGAAGCCUUAGGGAGGGUAAAUUUCAGGCAAGGGGAGGUGGCUUCUCUGGUGAAGGAUGGAAAGAGAGUCACAGGUGCCAAAUUGACCUCCGGAGAGGUCGUGAGUGCAGAACUGGUCGUUGUAGCGACUGGAGCUUGGACAGGAAAGCUCGUCGAUUUAAGAGGAAGAGCUCAAGCUACAGGCCAAGUCCUUUGCUAUGUCGAAAUUACAGCAGAAGAGCAAGAACGUCUGGGGAACCGCCCCGUCCUGCUCAACAUGAGCACAGGCAUGUUCGUCAUUCCACCGGCGAACCGCAUCCUCAAGGUCGCGCGACAUAGCUAUGGACUUGCGAACCCAACCCAGAUUCAAAAUCCCGAAAACCCAUCGGAGACGAUCACGGUCUCGCUUCCCAAGACUACGCACGACGAUCCCAAGCUAUGGGUCCCUAUAGAAGGCGAGAUAGCCUGCCGUCAAGCUCUCCGCGAGAUGGUCCCGAGUCUCGCUGAACGGCCCUUCAUCCAGAGCAAAAUUUGCUGGUAUACAGACACUCCCAAAGGAGACUUUAUCAUCACCUAUCACCCGGAUUACGAGGGCUUGUUCUUGGCUACUGGAGGGAGCGGUCACGGCUACAAAUUCUUGCCAGUCAUCGGAGACAGAAUUGUAGAUUGUGUAGAGGGCAAGUGCCCAAGCGAGUUCAAGGAGAAGUGGGCAUGGCCGAAGGACUCAGUUGAUGUCGUAGUGACGCUGGAUGGCAGUCGAGGUGGGAAACCAGGGCUGAUACUAGAACAGGAGCUGAGGAAGGGAAGUAAGCUCUAG